CGGGGACGGUUUGAAAAACGAAUCGGGUGACUCGCGUUGCGCGUACGCACGGACGCGCGCGCUCCAAUUUUGAAUUCGCGCGAUUUAUAUCGGACAUUUUUUUUUGCAAAUAUUUAUAGAAAUAGUACAAUUACAUUUCUGUGUUCCGGUAAUUGUGCGUAAAACUAGUGUGAGUGAAAACAUGAUAUGAUACAAAACAGUUGAGUGAAAAACGAUCAAACUUUUUUUAUGAAAACAUCGGAGUUGGUGUUGUUACCAGAUUUUCCAAACUUCACGAUGAAUCAGCAAUGUAAAGUCUGCGGGGAGCCUGCAGCCGGUUUUCACUUCGGCGCUUUCACGUGCGAAGGUUGCAAGUCGUUCUUCGGGCGGACGUACAAUAACCUGUCCUCAAUUUCUGAAUGCAAGAACAAUGGCGAAUGUGUCAUCAAUAAGAAAAACAGGACGGCUUGCAAGGCAUGCAGGCUACGGAAAUGUUUGCUAGUCGGCAUGUCCAAAUCAGGCUCAAGAUACGGGAGAAGAUCAAACUGGUUUAAAAUACACUGCCUUUUACAAGAACAACAACAACAACAUAUGCAACAAAUGCAAACAAGUAAAUCGCCACCCACGUUCAAUACAUCGAUAAGUCCAUCUUUUCUACCAAGUAACCUUUUGCCAGCAGCGGCUCUUGCGGAAUAUUAUAAAAACUCGGAGAAAAAUGCAUACACUGAAGAAGUAACGAGGCAAAGUGUGUCUCCAUCUGAUUCUGGUGCGUCAUCAGCCGAUCCAGAGGAUGAUAAUAGCUCUAGGAGUACUAGUGGCUUAAGCAUUUUUAGACCAGCGUCGUCACCCAGUAGUGAAAAAGAUAUACGAUUACACGCAAUUAGACAUCAAAAUAAAGACGUAAGAAGAAAAAGGCCACCCACUAUAAUACCAUCAGCAUUUGGCACUAUCACAGCUUCGCCAAGUUUCGCUCCAAGGAAUGGUCCAUUUUUACCAACACCGAUGCAAAACAUGAGACCUAUACCGUCAGGACUAGCUUGGCCGAAUCGCAACGGGGGAGACUUGCUGCUACAUUCACCAGCAGUUGCCGGCGUUGCAAUUGAACAAGACCAACCUAUAGAUCUAUCUAUAAAGUCAACUGCUGUACUAUUUAGGAGUCCGAAAAACGAAGAAGUCAGUGAUUCAGAACCAGAGCUCAGCAUCGAUCUAAAUGAUGACAAUGGCAAGGACAUCAUGAAAAAUCCUCUAGAUCUGAGUCUUGUUUCGAAGAGAGUAGAAGAAGUUCCCAUGACUGGUUAAAAGAAUUCUUACAAUAGUAUUAAAUACGUGAUUCUUCGCAGCCAUGUAUCUCGCAUUGCUAUUUAUAUGUAAAUACGUAAUUUGGUUAUUAUUCCUAAUUAGAUAAAAGUUUCAUUACUUCUAUUUUGUUUAAAAUACUCCGCCGUACAGUAUUUAAGUGAUUCUUACAUUCCUUCUUUUUAGAUUACCUGAUCUUGCUACCAUAAUGUUGAAGUUGUUUUUAUAUUUAGUUAUGUAGAUAGUAGAUAAUUAUAUUAUUUGAACGAUGUUCUAAUUGCGAGUGAUAUGAGAACGUGUCAUAAUUUAAAGUGAGGAGUUGAUGUCUAUCUUGAUAACAUAUAUAUUUUAUACAAAUCCGUCCAUUUAAACUGAUAUAUACAUACACAAAUAAUACAUUUUUUUAUACUUAACUUUAUAAGAUAACUAUUAAUAUUUAAAUCAGUGCAUUAUAAGUUACGUGGUCAUAAGUUUUUACUACAUCCGAGUGGUUCAGAAAAAUUGAAUUAUAUUUUAAUAUAAGUAUUAAUGAUAGCAUCAUUUCCCGCUGACAUUCCUUUUAGAAAAAUAUGUAUUUGUGCCAGUUUUCUAAACAAUGCCAGUUUUAAGUAUAUUACCAUUUUAGUUUAAUUUAGUGGGAUUACGGCCAGUCGAUUAUGAAGCUCAAAAUUUAAAUGUACAAAUAAGUAAGAGACCAAUUGUAUGAUAUCAGAUGAUUUGCUGAAACAGAAAUUAUCUAAGUAUUUAUUUUAGUUAGGCCAGUUUAUUGAGUCAUUUUAGUUUAAGGUAUAAUAAUUUUCUAUUUUAUAAUUUAUAGAUACUUAGUUCAUUUUGUGUUUGUCCCGUGUUAUGUAUUUCGUUGUUUGUUUGUAGAUUUAUAUAAAUGUACAUUUAUUUCCUGGUGAUGCUUCGAAAUGGGCGUUAUCGUUUGUACUGUCAUUUGUUUUCCCUUCCUCCUUUUAUUUAAACUCAAUUACUAAGUUAUGAUUUUAAUGUUGCGAUGUGUUCAUUACGUAUCGUUUCAAUGGCCAUUAUGUAGCGUAGACAUCAUUAAUGUUAUUGAAUAUAUUUUAUGCCAUACGUCGAAUUUCAUUGGAGAAUUUGAUGAA